AUGAUUCAUUCAAAAGAUCCAUCUUUGGAUUUUAUCGAGAUUCAAUUUUCUUUGCACUUUCAACAUUGUCUUGUUCCAAGGUGCGAGCUUGAGAUUGUGAUGAGGGUGAAGAAGUUGCUUAUGGUGUCGCUGAAUGGUACUCUUCAUGUGCAUGCUUUGAGGUUGAUGAGAAGAGAAUUGGGUCUUCCUUGUGAUUUUAGAGACUACAUUCUUGGGAUAUAUAGUUAUGUGUUUAGGUUGGUUGAUUUGGAGAUUGUGGCUUUGGUUGAUUGGGAUGAUGAAUUGGGAAAGGCUCGUGUUGAAGAAUAG